UUUAGGAGAGCUUCUUAAUGGUAGCGGCGUGAACACGGGGACUAUCUCAAGUGUAACAACGCCUUCAAGUGUGGCUGGGGUUGCAAGUGGCAUGAACAAACUACCCAAUUCGAAAUCGACUGUCUCAUUUGCAGAAGACAAUGAGUCUACAAUUACGGGUGCUGGGAGUGCAGGAAGUGAAACUAGUAGCCGAUUGUUCAAUAUUUCGAAAGAGAAGCGCUUUUCAACGGGACAGGAAACUGACGAAACUACUUCGCUCGGUUCAGUCUCAAUAUUGUCGGCUAUUUCGACUGACGACCAAAUGAGCAGUUCAACUCACAAGUCUUCCCCGCAACUGCCAAUCAUGACGUCACCAGGCAACCAAAAAGACAGCAGGACCAAAAAGAGCAAAAAUGAUGAUGGCAAAAAGAGCCACCGAGUGCUCAAACACAGCAAUACAUUUGACGGCAAUUUAAGCGAAAAUGAAACCGCGAAAAAGAAGCAUAAAAAAGGUUUGCUAAAAAGACUCUUAACUUCAAACUCACAGAAAUCGAAAUCCUAUAACUCGUCUUUGGGAAAAAGCAGUUCAAAAGAACAUGAGCUUGAAAGCUCGAGGACUAACAGUCUAAGAGAUACUAUUACCAAUGAGUAAUGAUUUAUAAUCUAGUUAAUUGAGUAAAAUUCGUGAAUCUGGUGAAAUUCAAGCGCAAUAUUUCAGUCGACAUUAUAAGAAAAGAUCUUGGGAACAAAUCGCCCCUAUGGUAUAUAUUAAAUAAGCUCAC